AACCCAGUCCACUUUGAGUCCUUGGCAUCCGAACCGAGAGACUAUUAAGAUGAGACUGCUCGUGGUGUUCCUCCUGAUGGCUUUGAUUGUUCUCCCCACGGAGGGACUGUUCCGUCGUCGUCGUCGUCGCAGAUGGCUCCGUGUCAGAGGCAGUAGGGUUCUCACUGGCCUUGCUGUUGCUAGCAGACUCGGUCUGAUAGGAAAGAGAGAGGCACAAGAUGACCUUUUCUCUGCUGAUCUGAAUGAGGAUGGGAACAUUGACCAAUCGGAGGCUGAGAAUCUCUUCGACAAACGCGAUGCGGAAGAAAUCAUGCAAUCGGCUGACAUUGACGGUGACUCUGUUGUAAGUCAUGAAGAGUUCAUCCGAGGAGCGGAAGACUUUUUCUCUCAACAUGCUGAGUAGACAUUUUCGACAAAAGUACAGCAAGAUGAAAUAAUCUGUCAGAUUUUCGACACCGGUGCUUGAAAAUAAAUCAGUGCAGAACAAA